AUGGCUGGCAACGGUUGGGGCCGGAACGCGGUGCCUCUGUGCGCGGGGGUGGCGCUUGGGGGCGCACUCGCCCUAGAGGUGUUCGUAGUGCUGGUGCGGCUACGGCGCGGAGACGGCAACGGGCACGAGCACGAGAAGGCACAGCCGUUCCCGUUCUUGUCGUUGGCAUCCCUGCUCUUCCUGCUCGGGAACGCGCUUGAGAAUGCGCGCCGCUUCGUCACCGCCUCGCCCAGCACGCGCGGCGUCAUGCUUGCGGGGGCGGGGCAAGGAUGGGAUUAUUGCUACUCCUGCCAGACUCACGUACCUCCCCGCUGCACUCACUGCUUCUCCUGCAAUGUUUGUGUCCUGCGACGCGACCACCAUUGCACGUUACUAGGCCAGUGUUUGGGCUACCAGAACUACCGAUACUUCCUUUGCCUGCUACUUCAUGGAGCUGCUGCCCUGCUGUUUGGCUGCCUGCUCAAUGCCAGUGUAGUCAUGUCACUACAACAGGAGGGGAGUCCUGUCCAGACAGUCCUUCUGCUUGUUAUGCCCUGGCUCAUGCUACUGAUAGGGCAAGUCAGUGUUACAACCUUCAUUUACGCCUUCGUGACGGAUGUCUGCAUGGUGGGCUUCCUCUUCUGCACUGGCUUCCUUCUUUUCCACAGCCUGCUGACUCUGCGGGGUCAGACAACCAAAGAAUGGUUUGAAGGGAAUCGUCAGUAUGAUUUGGGAUGGCAGAGCAAUCUUCAGGAUGUCUUGGGAGAGCAGUGGUACCUUGUGUGGCUCUCACCUUUCAUCACCUCCCCUUUGCCAGGGGAUGGGAUCACCUUCCAAACCAGGAAACCCAGAUCUGAACCACUUCCCAAGUCCCGUGACUUCUAAAGGUCCUGUUCUUGCUACUUCCCAGGGAAAUUUUGCCUUGGUGUGGGAGAGUGAUGGCUGCCUCCACUUCUUGACUUUGCUCAGAACUAUAGAUGACCUUUACUGCUGGGCGCCUCCUUCAUCAGAUCUCCAUCUGCUUUGGUUUCCCCUCUGCUUCUUUAGUGGUUGAAGUGGUUUGCUUCAGUGAUUCGAAAGGAAGGCAAUGUAGGGACCACCCUUUUGGGUCUACUCCUUCUCAUAUCAGCCCGAAAAUUGAUGCGGGGACCAAAUUUCUUUGCCGUCUUAGUGCUUUUCCAUUAGUUCUUCAGCACUUAAUGUCACCUCCCCUUUAUUCUCUUGGGCAGCAAGGAAUGUUCAGUAGUUGGAAAUAACAUGGAGGAACUAUAUAGUGGCCAAAUCUGUGGUAAUUGUGGAGUUUUUGCAUAUCCAUCUCUUUCCCUUCCCCUUUGCAACACUUGUGGGAUUGGUUCCCUGAAGAAUGUAGAAAACACAUCUGCUGUAGAAGUGAAGAGAGCUUGGACUAGUGCGUUGUGCAGUUCUGCAGCUGCAGCAUGUUGAAGUUCUGGUCUUUUUUUAACCUAGUUCCUUUAGGAUUCUACCAGAUGUCUCACAAUAGUUGGCUGCUGCAACUGUUUGUAUUGAUGACCUGGGGCCUUUCAGUGUGUGGCUGCCACAAUAUUUACUGCCUGUUUACUUGUCACAUUGCCCAUUUACCCCUUGCAAAAUGCUUCUGACCAAAAUCUGGUCGCUUCACAUUCAGAGGCAGUGAACUUCUAAAUACCAGUGCCAGGAGGUAACAUCAGGGGAAGGCCUCAGCGUCAGUGCCCUGUUGUUGACCCUCUGAAGUAACUGGUUGGCCAGUGUGUGAGGCAGGAUGCAGGACUAGAUGGACCACUAGUCUGGUCCAGCAGGGCUUUAUUAUGUUCCUACUGAGAUUGUAAACCCUUGGAGGCAAGCUCUGCACUGCUACAAGCCCAAUAGGAUUGGGAUGUAGAGACAGCUCUGGUGCCUCACUGUCUUAAGUCUAAAGUUGCAUUAUAGAGAAAGUGAAACCAUAGGUCUGUUUAGCUCGUGUGGUGACUAAUGAGUUCCUGGGGAUUGGAACCUGUGACCUUUUGCACAAAAGCCAGUACUCAGCUAAUGACCCCCCUCCCUUCUUCCAGAGGUGGGGUGUCACUCUGGAGACUUUAUCUACAAUUGUACACUGAGCAGGGUAUUAGGGGUAGACAGCAAUAGAGGGGGCAGUGGUGUUCCUGAUGCAGUAUGUUUUCAGCUUCUGAGAAAUGCAACCCACUCUGAGUAAAGCAAAAAAAAAAAAUUAAAAAUCUGCUUUCCUCAGAAAAUCUCUUAGCAACUCCCCAAGGGAGGCCUGCAAAAUGUUGUCAGCCCACGCACCUUGUGGGUAGUUGGAACUUCUUUGUACCUUCAGCAGUAAACCAGCUAACAGUGCAAAUAAAUAAAAAAAGAGCUGAUGAGAGGCUUGGCAACAUCACCAGGCUCUGGUGAUGGCUGCCUAUCCCAUGGCACUGAAGAGAAGACUUGGCAAAACUCAAUUCAAAUCUUUUCUUAGUCAUGAACCCCACAGGGUUGCUUUGGGCAAGCUACUGUCUUAUCUGUACCCAGUUUUUGAGAUCUUGACCCACCUUGUGAGGUUCUUGUAAGGGUAUGUAAAAGCUCUUUGCACAUUAAAAUGCUAUUUA